AUGGAUAAUUCUUCGAAAAAUACUCACUCCCUUGAGGUCAUGAACUGUGCGCCUGAAAAUGAGAUGGACGAAACUGAUGGGAUCUUUGUAAACUCAGCAGCACCGAUUACGUCAGAGAUUCUCUUUCAGUUAGCCAAAGAUUUUCACACACAGGUGGCGCAGCAAAAAAUAGAGAAUUCAGGAGAAAUUAGGGAGAGCAGACCGAACUUUCGUGAUAGGACUGCAAAAGAGUCGGCUUUUUUCUCCAAAAACUCUCGGAUUUUGAAAAAUAUGCUGUUUAGGCUGAAUUUAUUUAUAAAUGGUUUAUUUUUUGUAUUGGCAUAUUUAAUAGCAUACAGAAUAAGCAAAAAAUAAAAAAUUUCAACCUUCCUAUAGAUAAGCUGGAAUUCCGAUUAUCUGAACUUACUGACGAUUUUAGAUGCGGUCUAUGUGGCGGUGCUUUGAGAAGGUCUUUUAUGCUUCUAGGCUGCUAUCAUAAUUGUAAUUUUUAUUCAAUAAUAAAAUGGCAUUCGGUUCGAGAGAAAUUAGCUUUGCUAAUUUUCUCUCCCUCAUGGAAUUUUAUUAUUAGGGUUAGGUUUUCACUCGCGAACUUCUGGACAGCAACAGCGGUUUAACUUUGGGGAUAACCAAAGGAACCACUCCUCAGUCCACUCAAGAUCUCGGGCUUUUACCUCUCAGCACAUCCCCACGGGAGGAUGACCCUUAGGCAGAACACGCGCAGGAGCUGAGUUGAGCGACAAGGGCGACGGCAACGCGCCGGGUGAGACGUGCAGCAAGGCCGGUGAAGCAGGAGUUGAUAGAAGGCUUGGACGGGGCUGACCCGUGCCAAGAUGGCUCGCCUACGUCAUCAGUUUUUGCCAUAGGCCCUUUUGGGCUGCGGCACUAGACACCUUAAACACCAGAUAAUUAAGUAAGUAAGUAAGUAAUUUUUAUUCAGUCUGCAAGAUUUGCCUUGCCAGAUGGCUAAAAGAAGGCAAUAAAAAAUGUCCUUGUGGCCGAGACAUAAAAUCAUAUGUCCCGAAUAGAAUUCUCCAAUUUUUAACUUAUUUCGUGCUUUAUCAUUUCCCUGCCUUUUCGCCAAGACUAAGCAAAGCAAAUGAUUUUCUGAGGUGUUUCGAGUCUUUUAGUGAGACAGAGGUCUGUGAAAAACAAAAAGAAUUGUUUAAUUAUAGAAAAACCACCAUUUUCCAAGUCAUCACUGGGGAUCAGGCUUUUGGGUUUGAGACUUCUGGAGAAUUUUGUAUUAAGGACAUUUAUGACCUGAUUUUAAGAAAAAUUUCUGUCGAAGGAAAUAUUGUUUGUAAAGGAAAAGUCCUUGAAGAAAAUCUUAUGGUCGGGUUUAUUGAUGCUUUUAUAUGGAGAGAACCCCAAGUUCUGACUUUGAGCUUGUUAAAAAAUUAA